GUAUGAGAUCAAAUUGUCAAAAUGUGUAUCUUUGUCACUUGAUGAAAGGUUUCAACUACGAUUCAAUUAACAACAUGCCUCAUUUUAUUUCUCCGGUAUCCUCUCUAGGAUACCGAAGACAAACGUUAAAAACGACUGCUAUGCAGCCACGAAGUUAUUACGGCUAUGGUACGAAUGCUGCUCCAGCAUAUUAUCCAACAUUUGAUCCAAUAAGCAUACUUGCAUCUCUGGCAUUUUUAGCAUUUCUCUUGCAAUCUUUUGUAUCUCUAUUCGAUCGAAGCCGAUCAAUAAUCCCGGCAGUAGUCAGCAGUCGAGAUUCCACUUUACAGCAUCAAAUUCCUGAUCCUAUACAGCUAAUAAUGCGUGCAAUCGACGAAUAUGCUACUUUCAAUCAUUCUAUAAAACUUUUGGAUGAAACAAAUUCUCGAAAAAAAUUAUCUUGA